AUGAAGGAGUUACAUAUAAAUAAAAGAAUAAUUAAAAAAAGAAAAAAAGAAAGUAAUAGCAUAAAUAAAAAUGGACAUAAAAAAAAUAAUAAAGUUCUAAAAAUUUAUAUAAAAAACAGAAAUAAAAAUAUUGACAAAAAUGAAAAAAAUAAUGAAAUUGAUAAAAAUAUUAAAAGUAUGUAUGAAGAAAAGGAUAAAGUUAAAAUAAUUAGAAAUUGUAAAAAUAAUGAUAAUAUAUUUGAUUUUAUAGAUAUUAAAUAUAAAAAAUAUUUUUUAGAAAAUAAGGACAAUACUAGUAGCAAUAGUAGUCAUUUUAUUUUUUUUGAAUCAAUUAAUGCAUAUGAAUUAAAGAAACAUAAUAUAAGUACAAAGCUUUUUAAUAUAAUACUUGAUAUCACAAAGAAUAAUAUGAAAAAUUUGUAUAAUGAAACCAAUUUUUUAAAUAAAGGAUGGUCAGAUAAAAUAAAAAUGGAAGAACUAAAAAAUGAUAAAUGCAAAUUAAUAUUAGGUUUUUUAAAAAAUAAUAAUAAAAUUAAAAAUGAAGAAGAAUAUAAUUUUUUGGAUAUAAUAAAAAGUAAUGAUAAAAAAAAAAUUGAUAAUUAUCUAUAUAAUUAUAAAUUAGUUUGCUUUGUACACUAUAGAUUAAUACCCGAUUAUAAUCCAAAUCAAAAAAAUAUAAUUUGUUAUCUUUUUGAAAUUCAAGUAAUUCCUAAUUAUACAAAAUUAGGAUUAGGUAAGCAUUUAAUAAGUAUGUUAGAAAACUUAUGCAAGAGUGUAAAGCUAAAAAAAAUAUUAUGUACUGUCUUAAAAAAAAACAUAAAAGCAAUGUCAUUUUAUAAGAAUAAAUGUUGUUUUGAAAUGGAUGAAAACUCACCAGAUAAUUUCAUAUCAGAUGGCUCAAAAUCAUGUGAAUAUGAAAUAUUAAAAAAAGUAAUUGUAUGA